GCCGCCGCCACCGACGCUGCCGCCUCCGAGCUGUGCCCGGUUAGCCGUCAGUGGGGCUUGAAGGUGAUGGCCCUGACAGAGGUCCGUGAGUCUACCUCGCUCGCUCGUUCUGCAAUUGCGGCCGGCAACUGUGUCCCCUCAUCGUCAUGAGAGAAGACAGAGACCUGAAGCAAAGAAAUCUGGAUCACAGAAAAAGUAUUCAAGGGCCAUGCAAGCCAACUGUAGCCAAUUGCACAGUCAUCCAGGAGCUGCAGGCAGUGAGGAUGCCUCAGCCUCUCAGUGUGUCCACCCAAGACUGACUGAAGGUUCUUGUCUUCAUUCUGGUGAUGUGCAUAUCCAAAUAAAUUCCAUACCUAAAGAAUGUGCUGAAAAUCCAAGCUCCAGAAAUACAAGGUCAGGUGUCCAUAGCUGUACCCAUGGAUGUGUACAUAGUCGCUUACGGAACCACUCCCAUAAUGAAGCAAGGCAGCCUGAUACUUCCAUGGAAUCUGGAGAUCAUGGUAGUAACUCCUUCUCAGAAUUCCAGUAUCUUUUCAAGUGGCUGCAAAAAAGUCUUCCAUAUAUUUUGAUCCUAAGUGUCAAACUUGUAAUGCAGCAUAUAACAGGAAUUUCUCUCGGAAUUGGACUGCUUACAACUUUUAUGUAUGCAAACAAAAGCAUUGUAAAUCAGGUUUUUCUAAGAGAAAGGUGCUCAAAGAUUCAGUGUGCUUGGUUACUGGUAUUCUUAGCAGGAUCUUCUGUUCUUUUAUAUUACACCUUUCAUUCUCAGUCACUUUAUCACAGCUUAAUUUUUUUAAAUCCUACUUUGGACCAUUCGAGCUUCUGGGAAGUACUUUGGAUUGUUGGAAUUACAGACUUCAUUCUGAAAUUCCUCUGCAUGGGCUUAAAAUGCCUUAUUUUAUUGGUGCCUUCUUUCAUCACGCCUUUUAAAUCCAAGGGUUACUGGUAUAUGCUUUUAGAAGAACUGUGUCAGUAUUACCGAACUUUUGUUCCCAUACCAGUUUGGUUUCGUUACCUCAUAAGCUAUGGGGAGUUUGGUAAUAUAACUAGAAGGAGUCUUGGGAUAUUGCUAGCUUUACUCUACCUCAUACUAAAACUUUUGGACUUUUUUGGACAUCUAAGAAGUUUCAGACGGGUUUUGCGAAUAUUUUUUACACGACCAAGUUACGGAGUGGCUGCCAGCAAGAGACAGUGUUCAGAUGUGGAUGAUAUUUGUUCAAUAUGUCAAGCUGAAUUUCAAAAGCCAGUUCUUCUCAUCUGUCAGCAUAUAUUUUGUGAAGAGUGCAUUACCUUAUGGUUUAACAGAGAGAAGACAUGUCCGCUGUGCAGAACUGUGAUUUCAGACCAUAUACACAAAUGGAAAGAUGGAGCUACUUCAUCACACCUUCAAAUAUAUUAAGUUGUAUAAACUUUUAAGGCCACAAAACACCGAAGUGUUGUAGUCCAGUUCACCAAAAGAUCGAAAGAACUCCAUGUUUUAAAAAAUAUAUAUGUUCAACCUAAUGCAGAUGCAACAUUAUUCUAUACUAAUUAUUUGACAGAAUGCAGUGUUAAAUUGUUUUCUUGUCACCAAAAAAGCAAUUGGAUAAAACUAGAGCUAGUUCUUAGAGGAACUCAGGUAUUCUUUCCUAACACUGUUUUCAGAAUAAAGAAUAUUUUCCUCAAUAUUUUAAGAAACACAUUAUCUGAAAGAAUUUUCUUUAGGGUUGACUUUAUAAUUCCUAUUCUAAAAGUUCUUAAAAUUUUCAUAAAAGUUGUAUUUUUAAAUGAAAGUUCUAAAUGUUAUAUUUUACAUGUAACAAUCAGAUUUUCUAAGUAAAGAUUUACUGAGGGUGAUAUAUUUUAAUACUGCAUUGUUCUCUGUAGUAUGAUUAGCAAUCGGUGAAAAUUGAUGAUUUAAUUUAUUGUUUGUGGACCUCUUAUAUACAAUCUUGCCAUCAGUUCAUGACCCUGCUUGUUGUGUAGUGCCAUGGACUAUCUUGAAGUAACUAUUAAAAUUAAUUCACAUGGAGCCCUAGCUUGUGUAGCUCACUUGGUUGGAGCAUCGUCCUGUAAACCAAAAGGCCACUGGCUUGAUUCCCAGUCAGGGCAUGUGCCUGGGUUGCAGGUUGAAUCCCUGGUGGGGGGUGUGUGCAAGAGGCAACUGAUCAGUGUUUCUCUCUCACAUCAAUUUUUCUUUCACUCUCUCCAUCCCUUUCCCUCUCUUUAUAAUCAAGAGGAGUGUACAGAGAAUAAAAAAAAUUAAUAAAUAAAAUAAUUCACAUGGAUUACCAAUAGUUGGCUCCAAGGUAAUUUGAAUAAUUUUGUAAACAUGACCAACUCAAAUCUUGGAAAAAGAAUUCCUCCUAUAACUAGUGUUCUCCAGAAGAGUUCUGGAAUCUAAUGCUUGGAUCCCCAUUGCUUGGGAGAUUAAAGCUUGCACUCAGAGGCAACCAAAUGCUUGGAUUGUGUGAUUUGUUUGCCUCUUAAGUAUCUGCAUAGUGUGGUAGAAAAAGGAAUUAGGCACUCUACUCUUGAAACCUCUAAGAGGGACCAAUAUCUGUAACAGAAGUCUGAAGUGGUGGUUAUAUCUAAGUUUAAAGUACAAAGCCUCUGCCCAUUUUCUUGAUCACCAUCUAUCAGUUUGAAUUACAAGUAAGAUAUAGUGGGAAGAAGUUAGGUAGAGGUAGAAAACCAAUUUGCAGUGUUGGUAAUGAUAAAGGCUAAACCAGCAUAUAGAUUAAUAAGGAUCGUGACCAAUCAGCCAUAGGUUAAGUCACUUUCAUGCUUGUAUGGCUACCCUAAUUUGCAAAAGGACUUUAGAAAGCCUGUAAAUUUUUACCUCAGGUAUAUACUGCCAGCUUAUAAGUACACCUGUUUCUAUACAUUCAGCAAUGAUAUAUUUAACUAUUAUCUCCUUUGAGAACAUUGCAAAUAUUGAAACCAGCUUAUUUGGCCUUGUAUCACCUUCCUAAAAGUUAUUUAGGCAUAAGGCAAGGGAAGGGUGAGAAAGACAAUUUGGGAUUACAAUUUGGGAGUGAAGAUAAAUAAGCUGACUUGUUAAAAGCAUAGGAAUAGCACUUUACUGCAUGGGUUACUUCCACCCUACUAUUGUAUAAUACCUACUUACCCUAUGGCUAUAUUCAUAGCUUUGUUUCCCAGUAUAAUUUAAUAAAGGAGAUGCCCAGUG